CUCCUUAGUGCUGGGAAGCCCUGCAAGAGCAGGAAACUGUGAGCAAAGAAUGUUCCAGUUGCCUAGUAAUACACAAUAAGCAGUUAAAAGGUUACACACAGAAGGUCCUGCAAGCUGACAAAUAGGAAGUUUCAUUGGUGUAUUAUUCAAGAGCUGCCAGAGCCAGGUACGUACAUGCACGCUGUGUUGGGUACAGUGCAGUGAAGGGGAGCAAGCAGUGGCCAAGGCACAAUGGCAAAAAAGGUUGCUGUGAUUGGAGCAGGAACAAGUGGUUUGGUCGCCAUUAAAACUUGCCUGGAUGAGGGUUUGGAGCCUGUUUGCUUCGAAAGAUCUAAUGACAUUGGUGGACUUUGGAGGUUCAAUGGUGACCCAGAGGAUGGCAGAGCCAGUAUCUACAAAUCUGUGAUUAUUAACACUUCCAAGGAAAUGAUGUGCUACAGCGAUUUCCCCAUUCCAGAAGAUUACCCCAACUUCAUGCACAAUUCCAAAAUUUUCAGCUAUUUCAGAAUGUAUGCUGAGCAUUUCCAGCUGUUCAAGUACAUCCGCUUUAAGACCUCAGUUAAUAGUGUUAAAAAAUGCCCGGAUUUUGCAACAAGUGGACAAUGGGAAGUUGUCACUGAAACAGAAGGAAAACAGGAGGCGGCCAUUUUUGAUGCUGUGCUUGUUUGCACUGGACACCAUACAAAUGCUCAUCUUCCUCUGGAUUCAUUUCCAGGUAUUGAGAGAUUUAAAGGGCAGUAUUUUCAUAGCCGUGAUUAUAAGAACCCAGCAGAAUUUAGUGGCAAAAGAGUGAUCGUUAUUGGGAUUGGUAAUUCUGGGGGAGACAUUGCGGUGGAACUUAGCAGGACUGCAUCCCAGGUGUUUCUUAGCACAAGAAGAGGAUCCUGGAUUCUGAAUCGGGUUUCAGACUACGGUUAUCCCUUAGACAUGCUGAAUAUCACACGCUUCCUGAACACUCUUAAGCAUUCAAUACCCAUAUCUAUGUUAAACUGGAUUGGGGAGUCUAAGGUUAACAGACGUUUUGAUCAUGCCAAUUAUGGUUUAAUGCCAAAACACAGAAUAUUUAGCCAGCACCCAAUGGUGAAUGAUGACCUUCCGAACCGAAUAAUUGCAGGAGCACUCACUGUGAAAUGCAACGUUAAAGCGUUUACAGAGACAGAUGCCAUUUUUGAAGACGGUUCCGUUGAGAAGAAUAUUGAUGUUGUUGUCUUUGCAACAGGGUACACAUUUGGAUUUCCAUUUUGCGAAGAUCUUAAAGUUCAAAGCAACAAGGUGUCCUUGUAUAAAUAUACAUUUCUACCAGAACUUGAGAAACAAACGCUAGCUGUCAUUGGCUUAAUACAACCGCUCGGGGCUAUAAUGCCCAUCUCGGAACUUCAAGUCCGCCUUGCCACUAGAAUUUUUAAUGGAGAAAAGCUGCUUCCGUCUGCCAGUGCCAUGAAAGAAGAUAUCAUGAAAAAGAAAGAAGAGAUGGAAGCACGCUAUGUGACCAGUCAGCGUCACACAAUACAAGUGGACUACCUGGAAUACAUGGAUGAGCUUGCAGAGUUGCUGGGUGUAAAACCUGACUUGUGGAAUCUCUUUCUCACAGAUCCCAAGCUUGCUUGGCAUGUGUAUUUUGGCCCAUGUACUCCAUAUCAGUAUCGGCUAACUGGCCAUGGAAAGUGGAAAAAAGCCAGGGAGGCCAUCCUUACUCAGUGGGAUCGAGCUAUGAAGCCACUGCAAACCCGCACUGUGGAUAAAUCUAGUGGCAUUUCCAUGGCUUCAUUAAUAAUUUUAGGCUCCAUAUUGCUUUUGGUUGCCAUAUUUGUCUUUUGAGUGGAAGGGUAAGAGGUGAGGUCUGGUGAAUGUAUCAUCUAACUGGGAUUUAAUUACCAGAAAAUAUCUAGAGGGCAAUUAGACUCCCUACAAUGUAAAAAAAUGUUAUGCCUAUAGGUAUUAGAAAUGUUUGUGUGACAAAUAACAACGUUAAUGAUAUAUAUAUCCAUGACAAAGAUAAGUACUACUGUGACAGUAGUAUAAGCCAGUGCUGGAAUUGGGGAGGGAUGCACAGGGAUGCCAUCCCACCACACAUAGAAGAUGAAUGGAGAGAAAAGAUUGUUGGGGGAGAAGUAGAGCAGAGAUGGAGAAAUGUUAUAUAGAUGAGGGAGGGGAAGGCAUCAGAGAGGGUUAUAGAGAACAUGAUAGAAAAAGAAAAUAGGAGAAACAAAAUGAGAAAAUGAAGGUAGAUAGAGGUAGUUGAUUAAGGAAUGGUGAGAGGUUGUGAUGUGUUAUGACACACAAUACACAGGCAACAUGCUGUGUUGAAGCUGAAUUGACAGCCAAGAAAAUUCAUAUGCUCAAUUUUCAUUUUGGGGGCCCUAUAGGCCACAUAUUUAGGUUGAUCUAAGUUUACUGGGUAUCACACUUGUCAUUAGAAGGAAGUGGGUGAAACCAGAAAGUGUUAGUGGGUAAGGCUCAUUAUAACACUGGGCAUCCCUCCACUUUUUUCACCUCAAUUCAAGCACUGGUAAUAGCUACAUCUUAACUAAAACUAAUAAGGCUACCUCUAAUUAUCAAUUUUACCAUAUAGCAGACAACAGGUAUUCAUGGGAAUACAUUCUAAUAAAUGUGAUUUCUCUCCUCAAAUAGUAAUUUCAAAGCUGCUUGAGUAUUAAAAGGAUGCACACAUUUAAAAUGAUGUACAUCUGUAGGGGCAUUAAAUUACAAACUCCGUUCUGGGAGUGCAAAGAGUUGUGCUCUCUGCUGUCUGGAAAAAACUGUGGAGCAGGAUGCAGAAGUGCAAUGAAGAUGGCGCCAAUCCAUUGCACCCUGUCCCACUCUUAAUAAAUAAUCCCUUUUAUACUCCAAUGUCUUGCGUGCAUAGACUUGAUUUUGUAUUAUGUCUGUUUUAUAAAGUAAUUUUUUUUCCCCAAGAGAAUCUAUUUCUUUAUAAUAAACUAUAACCUGCUAA